AAAUCAAAUUGACUGGUAACUUUCAAUCCUGUCAUGCGCCUAAAAAAUUAUUUUGUUUUGGUUUUGGAUUAUAAUAUUUGGCAUAAUAACUGCCUGUCUUACUGCAUUUUAUUGUUUCUUGAAAACUCCUGUUUAUUGAUGUAAAAGUGAAUCCAAUUAUAUUAAAGCUAUAGGAAACAAGAAUGGCCUUUAGUGAAAUUUGUAGAAUUUGUUUAUGCAUUAAUGUACGCAUGUUUGUUCUAAAGAAGACUAGUAUCCGUAGUUUGUAUAAAACAUUGACGAACAGUUUUAUGGAUGAGGAUGAGGAGCCCAUAAUUGUCUGUUUCACCUGUCAUGCAAGACUCAUUCGUUGCAGAACAUUACAACAACAGGCUAUUGAGUCAAAUGCAGUUCUGGAGCAGUUGCUUGCAGGAGGCUCCAUGUCAAUACCAAAUCAUCAUGAGGCUAGAGAUAAGCUUCAAUUCACACCAAUUAGUCAUAUAGAUAUCAGACCACUAGAGAGUGAUAUAGAAAAUGAUUGUCAGAACGAAAUGUUUAGCCUUGAAUCUGUUAAAGUUAAAGAAGAGAAUUUCGAAAUUGAGAAUUCCAAAUUUGAAUUAAAUGGGAAUCAUGAAACAGAGAGUGCUGAAAAACAAGAAGAUUUGGAGAUUGAUGCUUUUGAAGAUAGACAUACGGAUUUGGAUGACGACUUGCCGCUAAUUGCAUUUGGUUCAAAGAGUAAAAAAGAUGACGAUGACACAGAAACUUCUGAGAAGAAGAUUAAAUCAAAUUCUACUGAUUGUAACAUAAACGAUGUUCGUGAAGAAAACCUCGAUUUUGAAGGCCCUACUAUUAAAUCAAACCCUAAAAUGAAAAAAGAUAAUCAACCAAUUAAUAAAAAAGGAAAGCAUCCUGCAAAUAUUAUGAAAACGAAAAUUUUGAAACAAAAGAAUGUAAAUAUACUUAAGAAGAAAACAUCUGGGACAUCAACUAAAUACAUUUUUGAAUCUGAUGGUUGUAGUAAAAAAUUUUCAACAAAAGACAAACACAUUUCAUACAGUCAUAAGACGCAAAAGAACUCAGACACCACCGCAGUUCGGACACAAGUAGAACAAACUGCAGUACCACGACAAACAGAAAUAUUUAAUUGUGAUAUUUGCGAAUUUAAAACAUCUCAAAAACGUUCCAUUUUGGCACAUCUUAAAGCGCACGUCGCUAAACAACGGUACUGUUGUAAUAAUUGUGAAUAUAAAUGUAUUAGAAAAAGUCAGUUGCGAAAACAUAUGAAAAUACAUGCCGGAGAAAAACCUUUUUCGUGUAAUAUCUGUGAAUAUAGAUGUAUUACAAAAAGUCGUUUGCAAGAACAUAUGAAAAGACACACCGGUGAAAAACCUUUUUCGUGUAAUAUUUGUGAAUAUAGAUGUAUUUUUAAAAGUACUUUGCGAACACAUAUGAAAAUACACACCGGUGAAAAACCUUUUUCGUGUAAUAUCUGUGAAUAUAGAUGUAUUAGAAAAAUUCAUUUACAAAUACAUUUAAAAACACACACCGGUGAAAAACCUUUUUCGUGUAAUGUAUGUGAAUAUAGAUGUAUUACAAAAAGUAAUUUGCAAACCCAUAUGAAAACACACACCGGUGAAAAACCUUUUUCGUGUAAUAUCUGUGAAUAUAGAUGUAUUUUAAAAGGUACUUUGCAAACACAUAUGAAAAUACACACCGGUGAAAAACCUUUUUCGUGUAAUAUCUGUGAAUAUAGAUGUAUUAGAAAAAGCAUGUUGCAAAGACAUAUGAAAAUACACACAGGUGAAAAACCUUUUUCGUGUAAUGUAUGUGAAUAUAGAUGUAUUUUAAAAAGUAGUUUGCAAAAACAUAUGAAAAUACACACCGGUGAAAGACCUUUUUCGUGUAAUAUCUGUGAAUACAGAUGUAUUACAAAAAGUAAUUUACAAACACAUAUGAAAGUACACGCCGGAGAAAGACCUUUUUCGUGUAAUAUCUGUGAAUACAGAUGUAUUACAAAAAGUAGUUUGCAAACACAUAUGAAAAUACACACUGGAGCAAAACCGUUUUCGUGAGCUAUGUAGGAAAAUAUGUACAAUAUUGUCUAAACGUGUUUUAUAUAAAUAUGUGUGUACCAAAUAAAAAUCUAAUGGGUUUUUCAACAAGAACUUUGUUUUCAAAAACAAAAUAAAACAAAGAGUUUAGAUGAAGAUGAUUCAAAUUUUUAUUGUAUUACGAAGAGAAAAGUUUGGCAAUUAUGGAUGAAAAAUGAUAUCUGGCAAAUGUCCACCACGACCACGCUGACAGAUGUCGAUUCUUUCAUCAAAGUUUUUAAUCACUUUUUUGCAAAAUGGCGGGUCUAUUUCGUUAAUCACGUCACGGAUUUUGAGUUUUAAGGCCGCGAUCAAUUCGAUUGGCGCCGUAUAGACUCUGUCCUUAACAAAGCCCCACAAAAAAUAAUCCAGUGGUGUUAAAUCACACGAUCUGGCUGGCCAUUUAACAGCUGAAUUUCGUGAAAUUAUGCGAUCGGGAAAUUUGGUUUGCAAUAAAUUGAUCGUUUCGUUGGCUGUGUGACAUGUGGCACCGUCCUGUUGAAACCACAUGUUUGUGAUAUCGAUGUCAUCAAUAAUAGGCCAAAAUUGAGAUGUUAACAUCUCGCGAUAGCGCGAUCCAUUGACCGUUACCGCAUUUCCAGCCUCAUCUUCGAAAAAAAAACGGCCCAAUCACGCCUCCAGACCACAUAGCGCACCAUACAGUGACACGUUGAGCAUGCAAAGGCUUCUCAAUAAUCGCUUUAGGAUUUUCAGAAGCCCAAAUGCGGCAAUUUUGCUUGUUGACGUACCCUGACAAGUGAAAAUGGGCUUCGUCUGAAAAAAUGAUUUUUUCAGAAACACCAGCGGGCUGUUCCUGAAUGAAAAAAUUUUCAGAAACUUCUGAGAAGAAGAUUAAAUCAAAUUCUACUGAUUGUAACAUAAGCGAUGUUCGUGAAGAAGACCUCGAGUUUGAAGGCCCUACUAUUAAAUCAAACCCUAAAGUAAAAAAAGAUAUCAAGCAAUUUAUAAAAAAGGAAAGCAUUCUGCAAAGAUAAUGAAAAAGAAAAUUUUGAAACAAAAGAAUGUAAAUAUACUUCAGAAAAAAACAUCUGGGACAUCAACUAAAUACAUUUUUGAAUGAAAUGAAAUGAAAAAUUUCAACAAAAGACAUUUCAUACAGUCAUAAGACGCAAAAGAACUCAGACACCACUGCAGUUUGGACACAAGUAGAACUAACUCCAGUACCACAACAAACAGAAAUAUUUCAUUGUGAUAUUUGCGAAUUUAAAACAUCUCAUAAAGGUUACAUUUUGGCACAUCUUAAAGCGCACGUCGCUAAACAAAUGUACUGUUGUAAUAAUUGUGAAUAUAAAUGUAUUAGAAAAUGCAAACACAUAUGAAAAUACAUACCGGUGAAAAACUUUGUUCGUGUAAUAUCUGUGAAUAUAGAUGUAUUACAAAAAGUAAUUUGUUAAACAUAAGAAAAUACAUACCGGAGAAAAACCUUUUUCGUGUAAUGUCUGUGAAUAUAGAUGUAUUACAAAAAGUAGUUUGCGAACACAUAUGAAAAUACACACCGGUGAAAACCCUUUUUCGUGUAAUAGCUGUGAAUAUAUAUGUAUUACAAAAAGUAAUUUGCGAACACAUAUGAAAAUACACACCGGUGAAAAACCUUUUUCUUGUAAUAUCUGUGAAUAUAGAUGUAUUACAAAAACUCAUUUGCAAAGACAUAUGAAAAUACACACCGGUGAAAAACCUUUUUCGUGUAAUAUCUGUAAACAUAGAUUUACUAGAAAAUAUGAUUUGCAAAGACAUUUAAAAACACACACUGGCGCAAAACCUUUUUCGUGAGAUAUCUGGUAAAAUAUGUACAAUAUUGUGUAAACGUGUUUUGUUUAAAUAUGUGUGUACCAAAUAAAAAUCUAAGUAUAUUUUGUGAAUUUGUGAUGUAAUUAUAUAACGAGUUAACACCCACGAGACGAUAUGGGGUAGUGGAUUGUCUUACACCAUCACCAUAACUAUAUCACGAUAUGAUGCCGUGUGGUGGUGUCUGUCUGUACGUAGUAGAGCCACGCUGCAGCUAUAUUGAGGUUCUAGCACGAAUCGAUGGACUCGAACGGGGUAGGACCACGCUGUCAAAGAAUACCAGCAUAAAACAGCAGCUUUCGUGAGAAAAUAGUGUUUCGUAUGGUGAGUAGAGAACUGGAGACCCUUUUAACUGGUAACGAGUCAUUCCUUCUCAGUCCUCAUGGUUUUUUUUAUAGGAUAAGGUUGACAAACGAGCACACAGUCCACCCGAUGGUAAGUGGUUGCUGCGGCCCAUAGACAUCUACAUCUAUCCUCUGUUACAAAUCAAAAUGUAGAUGCGUUGUCACCCGUGAGGACUAAGAUGGAAUGCCUCAUUUCCAGUAAAAAGGGCCUCCGGCCACCUGCACUCACCAAGCGAAACGCAGAGGUAAACCUCUACUUCACGCUGGUAUUCUGUGAGGUCGUGGUACCACCCCGGUUCGAGCCGGCCCAUCCGUGCCACUGUUAAAACAAUGACAAUGACAACGCAUCUGUAUUUCAUUUCUUAAUUGAGGAUAAGGACUCUUAAUAAUAAUAUGUGUGUGUGUGUGUGUGUUUGUGUUGUGUGUGUGUUUGUGUUGUGUGUGUGUGUUUGUGUUGUGUGUGUGUGUUUGUGUUGUGUGUGAAGGUGUUCAGGGGUCUCAUAGUCUAGUCUAGCGUUUGUUUUAUUAUAUAGAUAAUUACCAAGAAAGGUAAAGAAUUUAUGUGAAAAUUUGGUGUAAUGCGUGUUGUAGUAACAAACUAGAUCAUUUCUGCGCUUAUCUUUUAUCAAUUGUGAAUUAUACUGUGAGUGUUUUUUAAUGAUACAUUGUAGAAUAUAGAGCUGCCUGACAGAUAAGGAAUUUUAUAUACUUCAACAAUGUCGGAGUGACAUUGUUGAAGUAUAUAAAACAGACUGCAAACUUGCACAGAUGAGGCUUUUAUAUAAAUUAAAUGAUGAUAAUGUGAUUCUAGAGAAAAUUAAAAAGAUGAAGGUUUUUAUUAAUUUUAAAAAUUAAAUUUUAUUAAAUAUCAAUAUAUUUUGUAUGUUUAUCACAUUGUGAAAUAGUAAAAAAUGUGCUAUUUUUCUGUUACUAGUUUCUAAUUUGUUUUUAUUUAUAUUUCAGGUUAAAAAUUGCACUAGUGUUUAGCAAGACAGUAGCUGCUACGUUAUCAUAUACUGCUCAGUUUUGUAAGUUCCUAAGCUAAAUUUGGCAUAAUAUUUUAAGAUUCCUGGAAAGUCAAAGCUAAAUUUUAACUUUUUGAAAUAAAUUAAAAUUGAAUUGAACAAAUUCUGUAUGUGGCCUAAUUUUUUUAGCUCAUUAUGCAGAUGGAAAGCAAGUAAGCUCGACUUUGAAAAAUACAGCCGAAAUUAUAUCGUUCUUUGACGACCUCUUUGACUCAGUUAAUGGAACUUCAUAUAAUAAAACAUCCAAAGGAAAAGCUUUAAGGUGACACUAGUCGACAUUAUUUCCAUAGAAAUUUCGGAGGGGUUUUACUCCGCUGUUUGACAGUGUACAUCCAAAAUUAAACAUGAUAUCGUUUGUCUCAUUAUUAAAUUUGUCUGUAAGGAAACAGAAUAGUAAAAUAAAAUGUUAUUAAAAAGUUACGAGCUACC